AUGUCAGACUGUCCCCCCCCUCGAGCACACUUCCUCCACUCCGACUCCGAUCUACCACAAACCAUAAGUCACCGGGGUUACAAGGGAAGAUUUCCCGAAAAUACCAUCUGUGCAAUCGACGAAGCCAUCAAGGCCGGUACACAUGCGCUGGAACUGGAUCUGCAUCUCUCGCGGGAUGGAGUGGUUGUGUUGUCCCAUGAUGCGAAUCUGAAACGAUGCUUCGGGGUCAAGAAGAAAGUGGCCGACUGCGACUGGGCUGAGUUGAAAUCCCUCCGCACACUGAUGGCGCCGCACGAACCGAUGCCACGUCUGGUGGAUGUCUUGGAGUUCCUACGACAGCCCGGUCGUGAACAUAUCUGGAUUCUGCUGGAUAUCAAGCGUAACAAUGAUCCAAAUACCAUCAUAAAACACAUCGCCCAGGUAGUCGAAUCCGUGCCCAUCCCCACCAUCGGCCCCGACUGGCAUCGACGAGUUGUUCUGGGCAGCUGGUCGGCUCGAUACUUCGACGCAUGCACCAAAUACCUUCCUCGAUAUGCGAUGAGCCUGAUCUGCUUCGACUUGAGCUACGCGCGUCAAUUUAUGCAUGUGCCCCGCAUCUCCUUCAACGUCAACCAAAAGGUUCUCAUGGGUCCGCUCGGUCGAGGAUUUCUCGAGGAAGCCCGUGCCGCUCACCGGCGGGUCUAUGUCUGGACUGUUAAUGCCCCCAACCUGAUGCGCUGGUGUCUUCGACACAAGGUAGACGGUGUGAUCACGGAUGAGCCCGUGCAUUACCGGGAAAUCUGCGAAGGGUGGGAGAAAGAACAGACUGAUCCGGCUUUGAAGGACCAAGAUCCAUCUCUCGAUAGACUUACUUUCUCCCAACGGCUCCAGUGCUUUCUCGCCACUGGCUUCGUCGUGCUUUUUGGGUGGGCAUUCACUCGCAGGCUGUAG